AUGCUACUUGAAGCCAUGCCUGCGGCAAAGAAGAACCUUGAUCAACGGAUUACCCUUGCAUUCAACAAGUUGCUGAAGGAGAUAGGAAAUCAGGUUGAGUUUGAGCUUCCGGAUUCAUUUAAUAAAUCAAAGUCUACAGCCUAUACCGUUAUAAAGCGCAAUAUAUAUCUCACCAAGAGGAUUAAAAGGCGUCUUGAGGACGAUGGCAUAUUCUGCUCCUGCAGUGCAUCACCGGGUUCCUCUUGUGUGUGUGAUAGAGAUUGCCAUUGUGGGAUGCUGCUGUCUAGCUGCUCAUCAGGCUGCAAAUGUGGGAGUUCAUGCAGCAACAAACCAUUCCAGCACCGGCCAGUGAAGAAGAUGAAAUUAGUGCAGACCGACAAAUGUGGAUCUGGGAUUGUGGCAGAUGAAGAUAUUAAACAAGGAGAGUUUGUAAUAGAGUAUGUUGGAGAAGUUAUUGAUGAUAAGACCUGUGAGGAAAGGCUUUGGAAAAUGAAACACCGUGGGGAAACGAACUUUUACUUGUGUGAGAUCAAUCGCGAUAUGGUAAUUGAUGCCACGUACAAGGGAAACAAGUCAAGAUAUAUAAACCACAGCUGUUCACCUAAUACUGAGAUGCAGAAAUGGAUAAUUGAUGGCGAGACAAGAAUUGGCAUAUUUGCAACCCGUGACAUAAAAAAGGGCGAGCAUCUGACAUAUGAUUAUCAGUUUGUUCAAUUUGGUGCAGAUCAAGAUUGCCAUUGUGGUGCCUCAGGCUGCAGGCAAAAGCUAGGGGUUAAGGCGAGCAAGCCUAAGAUGUCUUCAGAUGCUGCCUUAAAACUAGUAGCAUGCCAGGUGGCGGUAUCCUCUCCCAAACUUAAAGCAAUUCUGUCUGGAACAGAUGUUUAUCAGAAUGGAGGUUUGCGCAUAGGGAGUUCGCAACGUGCUUUAGGUAGUCUGCCAACAUACUCCCGUAAUUGCAUUGGCGAAGUGGUUAGACUAUCUUGCCACACUGAUCAGACAUAUUUUGGGAUUAUCAAACGGUAUGACAAGUAUUCAAGAAAACACUCGAUCAUGUUUGAAGAUGGCACUGUUAAAUUUCUUGACAUGUCAAAAGAAGAUUGGGACUUUGUAACUUUGGGUGAUAAAAAGGCUCAUGUGGAUUUGCUUUCUGCCAUUAGAAUCAUCAGGACUGAAUUCAGCCAAGGAACAAAACUUCUAGUUAUUCUUUGUAAAUUGGAUAUGGCUUAUUACUCUUUGUGCUCUCAGAAACAUUUUACUGACCGAGGUUUGCAGAUGAUAUUGUUGACUAUUCGAGGAAUUGGCGAUGAGGCGAAUGGGGGUAGGUUUGGUGGGUCCUACCCACCAACCCGAUCCAUCCAUUUCCGCUGGUCUCUGGGUGCUGGUGGGGGUGGGGACAAUGGGAGUAGGGAAGGAUAG